AUGUAUUUUUACAUGAAAACGGAUAUCUAAUAGCAAUCUACAACAAUUUCUUCAGCUAUUUUGAGAUUUAAACAGUUUAUGAGUGGAUUGAAGAAACUGCUCAGCAAAAAUUCUUAGUAAGAAUUCAAUUUGGAAGACUCAAUACCUAUUCUAGCUUUAUUUCAGUUAUGA